GGUCUGUUUGGAGAGAGAGAGAGAGGGGAGAUAGAGUUUUCCACUACUUUGAUCAAUCGAACACACUAAUCGUGAAAACUCCCUCCUCCCUUCUUACCCUUCAAUGACCUUUAUCUUUUAUUCAUCUUCUCUCUCAAAAUCACCCACAAGGAAACCUAGAGGAGAGAGAAGACAUAGACACCUUCAAUCAAAUAAACCGGGUGUGUAUUUAUAUAUAUGAUAAUAUGUAUGUAUGUAUUUGUGUAUAGAGUGUGAUUUGAAGGAUCUACAGAUCUAACGCUUUCAUAGCCACAUGGGUUGCUCUAUUUCUGUCAGAUCUCCACCGUAUCCAUUUGAUAUUGUUCAGUAGCUGACCAGAAACACAAGAAAAACGUGUAUAUCAUACUGUGAAUGCCUCCUCUCCUACUGUGAAUUCAGUUAUUAUUUGGUUUGCAGUGAAGAAGGCUGGUGGAUUUUUUUGAUUGGAGUGGUCUUUGCAUCCAUUUGGGAUGUUGAGGAAUUGAAGGUAGGCUUGGGUGAGAUGAGGGAUGUUAUCAAAGUUGAUAAAAUUCCUGAAAGCCUGCUGGCGGCCGGCAUCAGACCGAUAUGUGCACAAGGGUUCCGACACAGCUGGGCGGCAAGAUGGGCUCCUUUGGUACAAAGACAGUGGACAGCAUUUGACUGGUGAAUUCUCAAUGGCUGUUGUCCAGGCCAACAAUCUGCUUGAGGACCAGAGCCAGAUUGAAUCCGGCUCGUUAAGCUUGCUCGAUUCUGGUCCGUAUGGAACCUUUGUUGGAAUAUAUGAUGGUCAUGGUGGCCCCGAGACAUCGCGCUACAUCAAUGACCACCUUUUUCAGCAUCUCAAGAGGUUCACCUCGGAGGAACAGUCCAUGUCAGUGGAUGCAAUACGGAAAGCUUUUCAAGCAACAGAAGAGGGGUUUCUCUCUCUUGUUAGUAAACAAUUUCCUGUGAAACCCCAAAUUGCAGCUGUUGGAUCUUGCUGCCUAGUCGGUGUGAUCUGUGGUGGGACCCUUUACAUAGCCAACCUUGGCGAUUCUCGUGCUGUUUUGGGGAGGCUUGUCAAGGCAACUGGGGAGGUGCUUGCCAUCCAGCUUUCAGCAGAGCAUAAUGCGAGCAUAGAGUCUGUCAGACAGGAAUUGCAUUCUUUGCACCCGGAUGACCCAGAUAUUGUUGUUCUAAAACAUAAUGUUUGGCGUGUAAAGGGCUUGAUACAGGUUUCUAGAUCUAUUGGUGAUGUAUAUCUAAAAAAGGCUGAAUUUAACAGGGAGCCUUUGUAUGCUAAGUUUCGUCUUCGUGAACCUUUUAAAAGACCGUUGUUGAGCUCUGAACCUUCAAUUUCUGUCAAUGAACUCCAACCACAUGAUCGAUUUCUAAUAUUUGCAUCUGAUGGGCUGUGGGAGCACCUUAGCAAUCAGGAAGCAGUAGAUCUAGUACAAAAACACCCUCACAGUGGAAGUGCUAGGAGGCUAGUGAAAGCUGCCCUGCAUGAAGCAGCUAAGAAAAGGGAAAUGAGGUACUCUGAUUUGAAUAAAAUUGACCGGGGAGUCCGCAGGCAUUUCCACGAUGACAUUACUGUCAUAGUUAUAUUUCUCGAUUCAAAUCUUGUGAGUCGAGCGAGCUCAGUCAGAGGCCCUACUUUGUCCCUGAGAGGGGCUGGCGUUAAGCUACCUUCAAAAACGUAAGCCCCCUCGUGCUAUUCCCUCGUGACUUGGUUACCACUUAAUGAAGUCCAAAGUUUUUCCCUUCGUUGUUAGUUAUAACUAUUGCAUCAUCCUUCUCGGACCACCUUGUGAUGAUAGAUCCAAGAGAGAUAAGAAAAGGUUCCUGCCAUAAUUUAUUCUUUACUGUAUAAUGUAACAUUUAACUUUGAACAAAUACUUGUGUACUUUCUGAGCAGUGAGAGAAAAUAUGAAAGAAUCAGGGAAAGAUAGCUUCAAAGUGACACUGGAGUUUCAUUCUUGAGGACAAUCUUCUCUUAUUCAUUUUGCUUGCCUUUCCCAAUUACUUUACUUUUGUGUCUUA